AUGGAGCUCAAACCACUGCUAAGGAAGCUCGGCUCAGUCGCGCGAGCUUUUUUCACGUUUCUUUUCGCUCUGGUCAUCCUGGGAGUGAUGAUAUGGGCCUAUGUCUACGGCUUCACAAUUGUCCAGUCCCCCUAUGGCAUCAUCUCCUUUGGUUUCUAUGGACUGCUGCUUUCCCUCCACCUGCUUGUCCAGAGUCUGUUUGCCUUCAUCGAGCACCGGCGCAUGCAUUCGCGAAACAAACCAUGCUCUUACACAAAGACCAUUGGCUUCACCAUCUCCGCCUUCCAGGAAGACCCAGAAUACUUGCGUGAGUGCCUCCAAUCUGUACGGGGCCUCAUCUACCCAGCCGAGCUACUCCGCAUUGUCAUGGUGGUGGACGGGAACUCAGAUGACGACCGCUACAUGAUGGACAUGUUCAAAGAGGUCUUUGCUGACCAGGACCCUGGCUGUUAUGUGUGGGAGAACAAUUAUCAUUCAUGGGAUCUCACCAAGGCCCAAGAGGCAAAUGCUGCAAGUAUGGUUGGCCCAGCAGGAGAUGCUGGAGUGUGGCCUGGUGAGGACCUGCAAAGGAGGGAGGUGGAAGAGCUGAUUAGGAGCAAGAGGUGCGUGUGCAUUAUGCAGAAGUGGGGAGGAAAGAGGGAGGUGAUGUACACGGCGUUUAAAGCUCUGGGAUCAUCAGUGGACUACAUACAGGUCUGCGACUCUGACACUAAACUGGAUCCACUGGCCACAGUGGAGCUGUGUAAAGUUCUGGAAAGUAAUUCUAAGUAUGGGGCGGUGGGUGGUGACGUCAUGAUCCUCAAUAUGAAAGAUUCUUACAUAAGCUUCAUGAGCAGUCUGAGAUACUGGAUGGCUUUCAACAUCGAGAGAGCCUGCCAGUCCUUCUUCAACUGCGUCUCCUGUAUCAGUGGACCAUUAGGUCUAUACAGGAAUGACCUCCUGCAGCAGUUUCUGGAGUCCUGGUACAACCAGACAUUUCUUGGCACGCACUGUACCUUUGGAGAUGACCGCCAUCUCACCAACCGUAUGCUGAGUAUGGGCUACGCCACCAAAUACACAGCUCGCUCAAGAUGUUACACAGAGACUCCUGCCCAGUUCCUGCGUUGGUUGAACCAGCAAACUCGCUGGACCAAGUCCUAUUUCCGUGAAUGGCUGUACAAUGCCAUGUGGUGGCACAAACAUCACCUGUGGAUGACCUAUGAAUCCAUCGUGUCUGGCAUCUUCCCGUUUUUCGUCACAGCGACCAUCAUCAAGCUCUUCUGGACAGGUACCCUGUGGGACAUCCUGUGGGUGCUUUGCUGUAUUCAGCUCAUUGGGCUGGUGAAGGCUGCCUAUGCCUGUUUUUUACGCAGGAGCCCUAUAAUGGUGUUCAUGUCCCUAUAUUCUGUCCUGUACAUGACCAGCUUACUGCCAGUCAAGUACUUUGCCAUCCUCACCAUGAAUAAGAGAAGCUGGGGCACUUCGGGCCGUCGUAAGAUGGUGGGGAACUAUAUUCCCCUUCUGCCACUGUCAGUGUGGGCAGCCAUCUUGCUGAGUGGCUUAGGCUAUACCAUCUACAAUGAGAGCAAGCAGGACUGGUCACAACCCAGCAAAAAGGAAGAGAAAAAGUUUCUGAUAUAUGGCUCCGUGGCAUACGUCACCUACUGGCUCGUCAUGAUCUGCCUUUACUGGGUCGGUUUUCGGAGGGUGCUGCGUAAACGCUCGCAGUCAUACAACGUGGAGGUGUAA